CUGCUUGUCUGCCUGCUGUCAGUGUUUGUUUUAUUUUUUGUUUCUUUAUGUUUCUGCCGGCGACGUUUAUCAUAUAUAAUUAAAUAGUAAUAAUUUUAUAAUUUGGUAAGCUUAAAUAAUAUAUAGCAUUUAUUCUAAGUAGUAAUCAAUAUACUAAGAUCUUUUUAUCAAGAUGGUGCUACUAACAGGCGAAAACCUUGGGAAGAAACAGCAAGACCUGAACAAGCAAGUAUUCGAUGCUGCAAGCCGUAAAGCAGAUUUUGAACAAAUAAAAAACGAACCCAAUUCAUCUGAUGUUGAUGUACUUUUCAAAAUAGACUUAGCUUCCAAGUACAAGAAUGUAGAUUACAUACUUGAAAUGUUAAAAAGUGGCGAUAGUUUGUAUAUUUCCAGAGCUCUCAAAUGUACUUGGUUGUAUGAUGAUGAGUACUCAAAUGUCAUCAAUUCAGAUUAUCUGCAUCACAACAUAUUUCCUUCCAUGUCAGCUUAUAUGAAACGAAAGUUUCUGACUACUAUAUCAAUUUACUUAAGGAAUAAGGAUCGCACUGCAAGUUUUUACAUAUAUUGUGUGGGUGUGAAAUUGCAUAAAAUUGCAUUGAAGUUUCUCAUUUUUACUUCUGAAAUAUUCAAACUUAAUCUAAUAUGUCAUUCUUUUAAUGAUAUUAUGCAUGAAGAUGAAGUGUUUUACAGACACUUUGUUGGAGAUUCUUUUACUUUGGCAGAAGCUAUCAUGCAAGAAGCUUCAGAAUAUAUAAGGAGCAGGAUAAUAUUUUAUCUAAGAUAUUUAAUUUCGGUGUCAGAGAAUGAUUACUUGGAUCUGAUGGAAAAGUAUGAUAACCAUGACAAAAUCGAAAAAAGAUUUGGUUUAAGGAUCUCAAAGCUUAUUUUAAAGAAACAUAGAAAUAGAUAUUUAGAACACCCUCUUCUAUACAUGGAGAGAUUGAACAAAGAUAUGGUUACCAAAAAUAUAAAUGUAGAAGAUACUAAAUACAUUCUGAGGAAAGCUCUGCCAGAAAAAAGUAGAACAUUUUGGCAAAUGUUAUUUUGCAUUAAAUUAAAUUUUGUUAUAGACAAAAUUCCAUCUGAAGAGAAAUUUCAAUUUAUUAAAAGUAUUUUUAAUGAAAAAUAUCCAAACGAAAAUUUCGAAAUGAGUAAAAGAUUUCUCGAAUUGAAAUAUUAUGAGCUAAUGACGGCGAACGAAAAGGAGGCAUGGGCUUUACGUCAUAUCGAAUUCAAAACUGAGAUACUGGGCCUCGGACGCAAUUACCAGUGGUACAGAUACGUUAACUUUGGUAGAGCAUUUCCUGAAAUUAAGAAAUAUAUUUUAAUAACACCAGAUGUAAAAAAUCGUCACAAUAUUGUCGAAGUUCUAAUUAAGUCUGUCAGAAAUCAAAGAGACAUGCAGGCUCUUUUAUCGUAUUAUUACGAUCGUCAUGUGAAUGAACAAUAUUUUUGUAAGGAUCAGUUUGUGACUUCAGUAAUCAAUGAGCAUAAUAUAUUUGAAUUUGACAAAGACUGCUGGGCUGCAUUUAAUAAAAUUUUGUCCAGUAUGAAUGUUUACAAAACAGUUGAUGCUUGUAACAAUACACUCAUUAUGUAUACGGUAAUUAUGUAUCACAUCAUUCACGAAAUUAGUCUUCCGGAAGUUUUGCAAAAGUAUAUAUUGGAAAAUAAUAUGACUUUGCGUUAUGAUAUACCAAUUUUAUAUAAAAAAAUUGACAAAGAAACGCAAGAAAAGAUUUACGACUACAUUGCUAACAUUUAUGUUGUUGAAAUUACAAAAUUGAUUAACGAAAAUCAUGAAGAUAUAAAUAUAGAACCAUAUGUUCAACGUUAUAUCGAUUACUUAGAACAUCAUAAGAAAUCUUCCGAUUAUUGUCCAUCUAUUAUCAUGGAAUUUGUAAACACACAUUGGUCUUUUUUCUGUCAUAGUUCAUUGUUUAAAAAAGAGCCAAAAAAAGAAACUUUAACCGAAGCGGUUUUGUUACGCCAUUUAAAAAAAGAUCCAAAAACUGUAAUCGAAAAACUCCCACAAGUAAAAGACAAUAUAACAGAGAAUCACACAGAGAGCAAAAUCAAUACAUUCUUGAAAAAAAUAAAGAUUUACUAUCCAGAUGAUAUAACUAAAGAAUAUUACAACUUUUUCAUGAAAACCCUGACGGAAAUAAAACUGACAAAGACACGGGGAAUUUGUAAUGUCGUUUAUGGAAUACUUCAAUUAGCAGAUGAUCGAACGAAGAUCGAUUUUGUGACAAAAUACGCGCCAACAGAUUCUAAGAUAAAUCAUGAUGACAUUGAUGAGGUUCUAUUAGGUAUCCAAGAGAGCAUUUGUAGGUAUGUUUGUUUCACCCGCCCUCCUGUUCCAGUCUCUUACGUUCUCAAAUACGUCAAAGGCGAUUAUCUCAAGUCUUGCUUGCCGAUGUUCCAAUCGUAUCAAGCUACGCUUCCUCAGCCGUUACUGCAAGAAUUCGUCAUUUCAUUGAUAGAUACUCCCGUGUCCAUCCAAAAACACGCGUUACGUCUAGUUUUCCAAUGCUUUACUUUGGAAGCUUUGAAGAACACUGUAUGCAACAGUUGGAAAGGAACUAAAAAUGUUUCUUUAAGAUUCGUGUUGUACCAGUCAUUGUAUAAUAAAAUUUGCGAUGAAGACGAGAUAGCACAAGUUGAAUUAUUUGAAGUGCUCAAGAAGUUCACUUCUGAACUUAACGAAGACGAUAACAAUGAAAUAUUUGAUCGCUUCAUGACUAGCAACAAAUUACCGAAUAAGGUUUUGGCAGAUUACAUAAAAGUAUGUUGGCAAACAGUCAGUAAGUUUCCCGAUAAGACUGAAAAUUAUCAUAUAAAAGCGAGGGUCAUUUAUCACAUUACUGCUUCAAUAAAAAUUAUGGACCCCGAUUUUGUAAAAGAAAUUGUUGAAGAACAUAUCAAUUACAUGUUAGCAAGAAAAAAUAUUCGACCCGAUUAUAAAAACGAUGAAUUGGAUGAUUUAAAUGGCGAAAAGUGGAAGCUUGUAGCAACGUAUAUUAUUUACUUUUCCAGUGAUAUCAAUUACAUAUAUAAAAACAUGGACUUGGUGAGGUUAAUUUUGGCCAAGUGUGUCGAGAUGUGGAACGUAACUCAUGACGAUAUAUUCACCUGUCGACAGUUUUGCUGGGGUUUCAUAAACGAUCUCAUAUCCAUAAGUACAGAAAAAUGUUGCUCAGAUUCGAUACCUAUUUUUGAAUGUAUCUUGAAGGUUCUCGAGGAUAAUUUUCCUCUAAAACAAAUUUACAAAGCUAAAUGGGCUUUGAAACUAACAAUAAUGAGGAGAAAAGCGAAGCAGGCGAUCAAGGUCAAUUACAAUAGUACUGACAAAAAUGAUUUGAUAGAUUUAAUAAGAACAGCUAUGUAUGAUUAUGGCAUGAAUGUUGCCAAUUUAGUUAAAGAAAAUGUAGAUAAAAAUACUUAUUUCGUAACGGCAAAUAACACAAUAGCUGAUAUGAUUAAAGACAAUAUUGAUAAUAUUAUGUCUGUGAAUAUAGAGAGCAAUUGCGGGUCGUUAUUGUAUGAAAGUAUGAAGAGUCGUUAUGUCCUUGCGGCUGGUGGUCUUACAGAGGUCAAUGCAAAGGAAACAUAUUUGCUGGCUCUUUAUAUCUUGCCAAUGGAUUCCAACGAUGUCCAGUAUAACGGCAUAGUAGAUAAGAUUGAAAAUUUCGACAGUGAAGAGGUUCAGUAUUGUUGGUUUAAUAAAUUUGUCUACAACGAUUACAAAAGAAGGAAAAUGAAUUAAAACUAGUUUUUCUAUUGAUGUAAUAUUUUUACGAUUUGGCAAUGUAUACUUUAUCGAUGUUUUUAUAUUUACUUUUUACUUGCUUUUUUAUUUUAUUUUUUUACUUGUUUUUAUUUUUUAGCUGUCGAGGUAUCCCAUGACAUGUUAAGCUCUUUUGCAUACUUGGCAAAAUAUAUUUUUUGCAAGAUUUAAUUCCAGUUAUAGCAUUAAGUUAAACGAUUUAUUACAAAAAGUUCAAAGUGCUUUGUGAUAAAAUAAGUAAGGUGCUAAGGAUUUAAAAGUUAUAUAAAAAGCGUUAUUUUUUGUAAACCAGUUUCUAUAUUGAAAUAAAUUUUUAAUAAAGUUAA